CACCCCCAGCGCGAGCGGUUCCGCCCAGGGGCGAGCUGGGACCCGGCGGAGUUUUCCGCCGGGUGGGCUCCUCCUCCCGCCCCGCCCUGAGUGUUGCGGCGCCCAAGUGCCCGGAGUGCCCGGAGUGCCCAGAAAGCAGGAGUGGGACAGAGCUCCCGGCCGACCAAGGCGCCGCGCCCGGGACGCCAGUGGAGAGAGCCGCCGCUGCCUGCAACCCCCUUAUUCCCUUUCGGCCCCCACCCCCGUGAUCGGUGGCCAGAUCCAACCAUGAGCUACCCAGGGUAUCCCCCGCCCGGAGGCGGCUACCCCCCGGCUGCCCCAGGUGGCGGUGUCUGGGGAGGGGCUGGCUACCCCGCGCCCAACAUGCCCCCCAUCGGGCUGGAUAACAUGGCCAACUACGCAGGGCAGUUCAACCAGGACUACCUCUCGGGAAUGGCAUCCAACAUGUCUGGGACAUUUGGAGGAGCCAACGUGCCAAACUUGUACCCUGGGGCCCCGGGGGGUGGCUACCCUCCCAUGCCCCCUGGGGGUUUUGGGCAGCCCUCUUCUGCCCAGCAGCCUGUUCCUCCGUAUGGAAUGUAUCCGCCCCCUGGAGGAAACCCACCCUCCGGGAUGCCUUCAUAUCCACCAUACCCCGGGGCCCCGGUGCCAGGCCAGCCCAUGCCGCCCCCUGGGCAGCAGCCCCCAGGGCCCUACCCUGGACAGCCACCGAUGACCUACCCUGGGCAGUCGCCAAUGCCGCCUCCCGGGCAGCAGCAGCAGCCGGUGCCAAGCUACCCAGGAUACCUGGCGUCUGGGAGCGUCACCCCUGCUGUGCCUCCAGCCCAGUUUGGAAACCGAGGCACCAUCACAGAUGCUCCUGGCUUUGACCCCUUGCGGGACGCUGAAGUUCUGCGGAAGGCUAUGAAAGGCUUUGGGACUGACGAGCAGGCCAUCAUCGACUGCCUGGGGAGUCGCUCCAACAAGCAGCGGCAGCAGAUCCUCCUGUCCUUCAAGACCGCUUAUGGGAAGGAUCUGAUCAAAGAUCUGAAAUCCGAACUCUCGGGAAACUUUGAGAAGACCAUCUUGGCUCUAAUGAAGACCCCGGUCCUCUUUGAUGUCUAUGAGAUUAAGGAUGCCAUCAAGAGUGACUUUUCCUGCCCCCAAGGGGAGAGGAUUCAGGAUGGAGCCUGGAGGGGAGAGAGGACCCAGCUGGAGGCCUCAGACAUGCCCUCUUCUGGGGACGGGUCUGAAGACAGUUGGGAAUGGCACCCCGAACCUCUGGCCUGCCCGGCCCUGCCUCCCAGCCAGCUGCAUGAGGGGGCUGGCACCGACGAGGCCUGUCUGAUCGAGAUCUUCGCCUCCCGAAGCAACGAGCACAUCCGGGAGCUCAGCAGAGCCUACAAAACAGAAUUCAAGAAAACCCUGGAGGAGGCCAUCCGAAGCGACACGUCAGGGCACUUCCAGCGGCUCCUCAUUUCUCUGUCUCAGGGAAACCGGGAUGAAAGCACCAACGUGGACAUGUCGCUCGUCCAGAGAGACGCCCAGGAGCUGUACGCAGCUGGGGAGAACCGCCUGGGGACAGAUGAGUCCAAGUUCAACGCAAUUCUGUGCUCCCGGAGCCGGGCCCACCUGGUGGCAGUUUUCAACGAGUAUCAGCGGAUGACGGGUCGAGACAUUGAGAAGAGCAUCUGCCGGGAGAUGUCCGGGGACCUGGAGCAGGGCAUGCUGGCUGUGGUGAAGUGUCUCAAGAAUACCCCAGCCUUCUUUGCUGAGAGGCUCAACAAGGCCAUGAGGGGAGCGGGGACGAAGGACCGGACCCUGAUUCGCAUCAUGGUGUCUCGCAGUGAGAUUGACCUCCUGGACAUCAGGAUGGAGUACAAGCGGCUGUACGGCAAGUCGCUGUACCACGACAUUUCGGGAGACACUUCAGGGGAUUACCAGAAGAUUCUGCUGAAGAUCUGUGGCGGCAACGACUGAGCUGUGACUGGCCGCUCACUUCUGUCCACCUGUGGGCAACAGCGCUGCCCGGAAAAGGUCAAAAGAAUGUCCAUCUGUUUCUAACAUAUCCACAGAGCAGCCCCUCGGGUGCCCCAGGGCGGCCCGACUGUCCGUAGAGCCCUGGCCCGUCCUCCGCCGCCUCUCCUGCUCCUGUAUCGUUCGUGCUCGCGCUGAAGGACCUGGGUCCCUCCCUCCCUCCGGGUGCCUUUCCCCCCCAGCCUCACAGCCGCCUGCUGCUAAAGUAUGUUUUAUUUCAUGACUCCUGCAGUCAUUCCCUUUUGCUUGUGGCUGAGACUCAGCUUCAUAUUAGUCCUGUGAUUUUGUAUUUUUAUUUGGAGGCAUCCUUUUUCAUAAUAGUCCCUGCCAGACAGAUGCAUACACGUCUGUGCCGCACACGUUCUGGGUGAGAGAGGUUGGCCGGGGAGCACCGUGUCCUCGGUAGGGAGUAGAAGGGAAGACCUCUAACGAUAAUCUUUGCAUCUGGUGAGAAUGUGUCAUCAGCUUUGUUAUUGCCAAACUCACUCCUUAGAAUUUCCUUAGAAAAGAAAAAAAAAAGAAGAAGAAAAAGGCCAGGAAGUCCUCUGUUCCCUCUGUGCAAAGUCAUGAGAACGCGACCAGCUCCCUGCCAGUGACAGGGCUUCAUGUAAAUUACAUGGAUGUGCCUUAAACUUGGAUGCCAAUAGCCAAAAACUUUCUAAAUUAAAGUCAGCCAGCUCUGGAACACUUUGGAAACAUG